CUAGCUAAAAAGUGACGACCAAUCAACAGAUACAUAUAUCUAUAUAUAGAGAAAGAGAGAUCAUAAAAGAUCACAACAUCGAACCAUGGAGAAAUCAACUAGAACCCUAAUGAUCAUAACCAUCGUGAUAACCUCCAUGUUGGUAGGGUUUGGAAGCUCAGAUCUGGAUCAAGACAGAGAAGAGUGUACGGACCAGUUGAUAGCACUCUCACCAUGUCUCCCAUACGUGGGAGGAAACGCAAAGGCUCCAACAAAAGAUUGUUGUGGUGGUUUUGAUCAGGUUAUAACAAAGAGUGAGAAGUGUGUUUGCAUAUUGGUCAAAGACAAAGAUGAUCCUAAUCUUGGCCUCAAGUUUAACGCAACACUAGCUGCUCAUAUUCCCACCCUUUGUCAUAUUACAGCUCCUAACAUCACCAAGUGUAUUUCGCUUCUGCAUUUAUCUCCAAACUCGACACUGGCUAAAGAGUUUGAGAGCUUAGGAAGGAUUGAAUAUGAAGGAAAGACCAACUCCACAUCUCCUUCACAUAAUGUUAAAGAUGGGACUGGAGGAGGAAAAGCUGAACAAGUGAAGAGUACUGGAGAGAAGAAGAGUUGGUUGGCUGUUGAGCUUUUAAUAUUUGCUCUCUUCUCUCAUCUUCUCUUCAUUAUCCCUUCUUUCACGUCUUCCUCCUUUAUUUAAUGUUACGUUCUUCUGCUUUAAUUUAUGUUAAAUAGUUACAUCUAAAUUUAUAUAUGCAUGUGCAUGCAUAUGAUUUAUGCAUGUAAGUGAGUGCAAACUUGUAAUGGGUAUUGAGAUUUUAAUAACGAAAGCGUAGCUUUUAAUCUU